CGUGACCUGCCGAUCGGAAGAUAAUAUGGAGAAAGCAAGGAAGGAGAGCGAAAAUGAGAGGAGAAAAUCGAAAUUCUGGGCGUACUUGUUAUGGUUGUUCGGCGGACUCUUCGGAGCGCAUCACGUGUACCUUGGCAGAGAUGACCAGGCCUUCGUGUACAUCAGCACGUUCGGUGGCUACAUGGGCCUAGGCUGGCUCAGGGAUAUCUACAGGAUACCUGCGUACGUGGCCGACGCGAACGACGAUCCGGCUUUUAUUAAGGAUUUUAAGCAUAAAGUCAAGACCAAUCGAAAGCCGCCGUUCUCCACGGUGCGCUUCGCGGCGGAAACCGCCGUUGCCUACCUAUGGGCCGAAUUAUUCAACAGCGCGAUCCCGCAGGAUGAGGUGUACGGUAUUAAUUUCAGGCAUAUGAUACUCCUAAUACCAGCCGUGAUUGCACUAGGUGUAUGGACGGUCGGGAACAUCGGCAGGGAACAAGGUUCAAUAUGGAUAGCACUUAUCAGCGCUUAUCUUUUGUACCCCACUUUAUAUUACAUCGCCGACGACUCCAUGUGGCUCUUCCUCAUGGUGAUCGUCUCAAGCCUGUGCUUCGACACCUUCAGCAAGCAGUGGCGAUUGAAACCAAAAAAGAAGAAAAGCCUCGUUCGCCGGGCGACGUGCUUAGGCUUAGCGAUAAUGCUCUUUCUCGCCGUGAUCGGCAAUUACCUGUACUUCAACGCGGUCAUCACGGACAGCGAAGGCGAAGAGAUCAAACUUUCGGAAGCGAUACAGCAUUUCCUCACCUCGCCCAUAUGGACGGAUCUCAAGGCGAGUCUGGAAGCCACGUGGAACCAGGCUAAGCAUCAAGGUUUCUGGGCAACGUGGGCACAACUGGUGGACCUUACGGAUCCUCGAGGCGAAAUAAACGCUUACAAGGUCCUGGGUCUCUCGCAAACUGCUUCACAGACCGAAGUCACGGCGCGAUGGAGGACUCUGUCCAGGGAUAAUCAUCCUGACAAAGUCAAGGGGUCGGAGGAGGAGAGGCGCAAGGCUCAGGAAACAUUCAUGGAGAUCCAGCAGGCGUACGAAAUCUUGUCUCAGGCGAAGAAUCGCAGGCAACGACGGAAUCGCCGGUCCGAUGCGUGAGCGUGCCAUUGACUCAAGAAUCAGUGAGAGCACGGCAGCAUCCUCGAUCUCUCAUAAUUCGCAUCUGCGAUGACAGUAUUCGGAUGAAAUAAUCAAUAAUUAGUCCAAUCACAGAAUGAAA